AUGGGUGACGGCUCUGACUAUCCAAGCCCACGAAGUGAAGGUCCCGGAGUACCUACAGCUGUCCUUGUCCCUGCUCCGGACUCUUUGUCGCCUGUUCCAAAGAUGAAUGAGCAAAUGCCCCCUGGAUUCAUGGAAGGCGCUCGUCCUCGACUGUCUGUCAGAAGAGCGCGGGAUCCACCCAAGAACGCAGCCGGUCAAAUCUAUUGUGAUCAUCCCGAAUGCCAGCAGUCGCCUCCGACAUUUCGGCGCCCUUGUGAAUGGAACAAACACAUGGAUAAACAUGACCGUCCCUACAAGUGUCUGGAACCAGGGUGUGACAAGAUUCAAGGGUUCACAUACUCUGGUGGGCUUCUGAGACACCAACGCGAGGUUCACAAAAAGAACAUCAAUGCCAAAAAGCCACUGAUGUGUCCAUACACCGACUGCAACCGCAGUACAGGGAAUGGUUUCACGCGCCAAGAGAACUUGAAGGAACAUCUUCGCCGCCGACACAUGCACACCGAAAAUGGCCCUUCUACAGAACUGCCCAUGGUUUCAACACCCGACCUGGAUGGCAACCAUGCUCUUUCAGUUCCUCCAUCCGUUAAGCGGAAGCGCGACUCCCUUGAUGAUGACAUCUCGGUCGCUCUCCCAGGCGAUGAAGAAAACGAGGUCGAUUUGCGCAAUGAACUGAAGAGACUUCGUCGCGAGGUUCAAGAAAAGGAUCGCCGACUCGAAGAACUAGAGAGAAUUGUCGCUGGAUUGCAGCAGGCCAUUCCCCAGCCAACCAUCCCGCAAACUGGCGUGGCGCAGGGGUGA